AUGACUCAAUACAAUACAUACCAAUUAAAAUGAUUUUUAUAUUUAUUUUAUUAUUAUUUACUAUAAAAAUCACUAUUUAAAAUUCUGCGAGCAGGUAUAUCCACCUCAAUUUCACCACGAUCGUCUGAGGGCAGCCAGACAGAAAUAUUAGAUAUACAAAAAGCAUGCAGACUGGGAGAUUUAGCUGCAAUAAAAAAAGCUUAUCAUGCAGAUCCAAGUAAGCUAAAUCAUAAAGAUGAAAGUUUAGGAUGGACCGCGCUUUAUCGAACUGUUAUAUGUGGCCAUAUACAAGCUUCGCAGUUUUUACUUAAACAAGGCGCUGACCCUAAUACAGUUAAUAAUUUAGGCGAAACACCAUUACAUCAAGCUGCUGAUAAUUCUCAAUAUGAACUUGCUGAAUUGUUAUUGGAAUACCAUGCUGACCCAAAUUUGCAGCAAAAUGAUGGGGAUACUCCUUUACAUCAUGCAGCUUUUAGGCUGUUAAUAUAUUUAUGAGAAAUAAUAGUAAAAUAAUUAAAUUAAAAAAAUAAAAAAUUCUCAGCUUUUAGAGGAGAUAGCAAAAUGAUUGAAAUUUUAUUAAAACACCAUGCAGACCCGAAUGUUCAAAACUAUAUGUUCGGAAGAACACCAUUACAUUAUGCAUCUGAUUGCGGGCACAAUGAAUCAGUUAUGCUUAUGCUUGAAUUUGGAGGAGACCCUUUUCUUCAAGACAGGCAAGGAAAAACUCCAACUUCUCUUGCACAGACUAAAGAGCUUCAAGAUAUGAUGGAAAAUUAUCAACCGAAUUUGGACAAAAGCAACACAAGUCAAGAAAUCGAUGAAAUUAAUAUGAAUUUAGGGACUUUUGGGAAGCUGAAUUUGGAAAAGGAUGGGGAAUAUGAGUUUUAUGAUUCUCCGAACCCGCCAAAGCCGGAGGAAGGAAAUUUAGAGCCAGAAUCUGAAAUUAGUGUAAUUCAAACAAAAAAUGAAUUAAAGCCUAUUUAUCAGUUUUUAGAAAAAAUUAUACCAGCUAAGUAUAUUUUUAUAUCGAAUAAUGAAUAAUCUAUACAAUUUUGAUUGACUUCUACCUAAAAUACCCAUAGCCAUAUUCGAAUAAAUUAAUAAUUUCUUAAUAAAAAGCCAUGGCUAAUUCAUUAAAUUUAAUAUAAUUUUUACAAAAAAAGUUAAUAUUUAAUAUCAUUCUUCAUAAUUUGCAAGAGCUUUAUGAAGUUUUAUGUGAUGCAGGACUGGACGAUAUUAAUAAAAUCACAGAAAGAAUGAUAUCUGAUAACCCAAUCACAAAGCGCGAAUUAGUAGCAAUCGGAAUUAAAAAGCCAGGACAUAUUUAUCGCUUUUUAAUCAAAGCCGAAGAAGAAGCAGGAAUAAGCUACUCUAUUUGCAUUAAAUAAAGUACUUAUUCAAAAUAAUAAUCAAUUAAUUUUUUAAGAAAUAAACUAUCAUUUUUUAAGCUAAAUCAAGUUUUAUAGCUUAUAUCAAAACCAACCGAAAAUUGAACCAAGAAAGCUUUUGGAAAUGCUGCACAGUUCCAACAAAUGCGACAUUUGGAAUGGCAAGCUUCCCGACAUUACGAGAGUGGCUUAAAUCGAUCAAGCUUGAAGAACUUUGAACCGUCUUUGUAGAAGCAGGAUUUGAUAGCUAUGAAAUGAUAAUUACACAAAUGUACUCAAAAUACCCGUUUACAGAUGAAAUUCUUUUAGCUGAAAUUGGAAUCGCAAAGCCUGGGCAUCGAAAUAGGAUUUUAGCGAAACUUCAAGAGGAAACAAGAAGCAUUGACAGAAAAGACGGUCUUGUAAUGGAGAGAGUCAGUAAAAAUGUUUCUUGUGAUAAAUGCUAUAUAAUGUAG